AUGAAUUGGAUCGCAUGGAGCUUCGGACUUUUCUUGAUUGCAAUCAUUCUAAUUGUCUCUUUUUACAUGAUUGUGAUGUACUUGAAAUCACAACGUCAGAAGAAUCAGAAGCAUGACGAGGAUAUUAAAAUUGAAGAGGAAAAAAUGUAUAGAGAUCGAUUGGCGGCAAGCAACAGUCAGAAAAGUUCUGGAGUUAGCAGUAUGACAGGAAGUGUUCGGGAAAUUGAUCCCAAAUCUGACAAGUCAUCCGAAAAUACGGAAAAAACGGAAACUUCAUCGAAAGUGGAAGGGUACUUGGUAAAAAAGAAUGAUGAAACUAAAGCACCAGCAGCUGUGAUUGUUCUGGAAAAAGAACCAAAAGACGUUGCUGCUCCUAAAAAAACAUCAAAAGAACCAAGCACUGAAGAGUUGUCAAAGAAAAGUUUGACGGAUUUGAAACCGAUUGGAGCGGCGAAAGUAGAAAGUCCGAAGACAGCGAAUGGAGAAGUUUCAGUUGAGAUACCCAAGCCUCCUAGUUCUCUUCCAACGGAAAAAUGCAUUUUUAGUGCGGAAAAAGUGCCAGAAUCCUCACUUGGAAGUGAUUAUUCGACGUAUGUGAUCUCCUCGCAGCGAAGUGAAAUGAACAAUUAUAACAUGCUAGAAGCCGGAAGAACUCCUCCAACGUUCUCGAAUUCCGAGAAUCCACUUCAACGGACACCUUCUAUUGAAUCUUUUGUUCCACGCAGUACCAUGACUUCGACCAUCGUUGGAACACCUCCAACUGUUAUUCCAGCAAAACAAAACUCGGAAACAUUGGUUUCAAUGACGACUCCGCCUAUUAAGAAGUGA